UGUUUGCUCGGACCCUGCGCUCUGCCCUCCCGCGCCACGUGAUGCCUCGGGCCCGAGAUCAACUCCUCCGCCCCGGGCCGCCGCCGUCCGCGGCUCCUGCAGCAUGAGCGGGGCCUGGGCGCUGCCGGCGCUCCUGGUGCUCCCCUGGGCGCUCUGCUGGCCCGCGCCGCUGCGAGAGAAAUUUCUGGGCGCUUUGGAUGCAGAAGAUGUUUUCUCAUAUUUUGGAACCAGCUCAGUGUCCAAUGUACCUGAGUUUGUUGUUGCUGAGCCAACUUGCCCUUGUAAAGAAGGGCAGAUUGGGCUGAAGUCCUGUUGCAUUCAGCAUUGCUCCAUUGAGGCCUGGGGAGAACUCUAUUCGUUUGAAUUUCUGGAGGACCAUACCCUCCUUUCCUCUUCCUUUGUGAGCAAUCAGGUGGUGAACUCUUCCUUUAGCUUACUGAAGCGAUUCCCAGGCAACUGCUUUGCAGGUGGAAAUCUACUGCAGCCCUCUGGAAUGAAGUGUAGAGUCACUUACUGUGAAGGGCAGCUGCAAGGAGUUGUCAUUGCAGAUGAGGAAAAGAUUCAUAUCAGGCCUGUCAGAAGCAAAGAUGUGGCCCUGCUGAAGGACCUUGGCUUUUCCAAACCUCACAUUGUCUUCAGAAGUGCUGCAAGAGAGGCAAAUACAGCAAGAGCAGGGUGGUUUCCCUCUCGCCUGCAGAAGAGGGCUGAGGGGACUGUCAAACAUCUGGAGCUGAUGGUUAUAGCAGGUCCAGAUGUUUACUUGUACCACAAAGAGGACACGGAGCGGUAUAUUCUUGCCAACCUGAACAUUGGGGCAGAGCUGCUGAGAGAUGCCUCACUGGGAGCUCAUUUCAGGGUUCAUCUCAUGCAAAUGCUUGUUUUGAGAGAGCCAGAGGCAGAGGUAAACAUCACAACAAAUAUCACCUCCUCGCUGAUCAGCGUUUGUGAGUGGAGCAAGAAGGUCAACCCCCAGAAUGACUCUGACCCCCAGCAUGCUGACCUUGUCCUCUAUGUCACGAGGUUUGACUUGGAGUUACCUGAUGGGAACAAGGAGCUGCGUGGAGUGACUCAGUUAGGUGGAGUCUGCUCCUCCUCCUGGAGUUGUGUUAUUACCCAGGACACUGGCUUUGACCUUGGAGUCACUAUAGCCCAUGAGAUUGGGCACAGUCUUGGAAUCCCCCACGAUGGUGAGGGGAAUCGGUGCAGCAGCAGCGGUUACAUCAUGGGUUCAGCAGGAAACCACAACAGCAUCGACCUCGCCUGGUCUCAGUGCAGUCGAGAAGAGCUCCUGGCCCUUGUCAGUACAGGCCAAACAGACUGCUUAAAUGACCUGCCGGACAUGGACGGCAGCAUUCCUGGAUGGAAGCCUGGUUUGUACUAUGGAGCGGAUGAGCAAUGUAAAAUAGCCUUUGGGACUGUUGCCACAGCAUGCACCUUUGCUGACAGCAAUGUUGACAUAUGUGAAGUUCUCUCAUGCCAUGUACAACCAGCAGACAAAUCCAGCUGUACUCGGCUUCUUGUGCCUCUCUUGGAUGGUACGGAGUGUGGAAUCAAUAAGUGGUGCUCCAAGGGACAGUGCAGCUCUCUGGAAGAACUGAACCCUGCAGCUGUAGUCCAUGGGCAGUGGUCUGGCUGGAGCCCCUUCUCCUCCUGCUCCCGCAGUUGUGGAGGUGGAGUUGUGAUAAGGCAACGGUUCUGUAACAACCCCAGGCCUGCUUUUGGAGGGCAGGAAUGCCCUGGUGCCAGCAUGCAAGUGGAGAUGUGCAAUACUCAGGCCUGUUUGAUGACCCAGCAAGACUUUAUGGCUGAACAGUGCGCGGCAACAAAUUCAGAGCCACUGUAUCUCGCUGUAGGAGCACCAUCCUUUUAUACCUGGACUUCUGCUGUUGGCUUUGCCAAAGGGGACAUGUUAUGCAAACAGAUGUGCAGGGCUGUUGAAAACGAAUUCAUGGUAAGCCGUGGAGACAGUUUCAUAGAUGGAACCAGAUGUGAGCAGGAUGACUCCAAGGACCACUGGGCUUUCAAUCUGUGCGUAAUGGGAAGCUGCAGAGCAUUCGGGUGUGACGGCCAGAUGGACUCUGGAAAGACAAUGGACUCUUGCAAGGUCUGUGGGGGUGAUAAUACCACUUGCACCAAAGUGAGUGGAUCUUACACAGAAGGAAAAGCUAAAGAGUAUGUUACAUUUCUGUCUCUGCCGUAUAAUACCACCUUGGUCCAUGUUACCAAUCGCAGACCCCUCUUCACACAUUUGGCUGUGAAGGUUAAAGGAGAGUAUGUGGUUGCUGGAAAAGGCAAAAUCUCACUGAAUGUCACCUAUCCAUCAGUUUUGGAGGAUAACCAGAUCAAAUACAAAGUUUUUCUCACUAAGGACAACCUGCCAAGUCUGGAGGAAGUCCAUGUGGAUGGGCCAACGAAGGUAGAUAUCGAGAUACAGGUCUAUCGAAGGUAUGGAAAGGAAUAUGGCAAUGCCACCAACCCAGACAUUACCUUCAGCUACUUUGUCCCAAGAGAGAAUCUGAUGUAUAUAUGGAUUCCUCAGCAGGGUCCAUGUUCAGUAACCUGUGGGGAAGGGAUGCAACCUGUGGAUCAUGUGUGCUUUGACCAGGCAAAGAAUGAAAUCACAGAGGAGCAAUGGUGUCUGGAGCUCCUGCGGCCACUUCCAGAGCACAAGCCCUGUGUCAUGGAGCCAUGCCUGUACAGGUGGAAGAUGUCUCAGAUAGGUGAAUGCUCUGCUGCCUGUGGAACUGGAGCUGCCCAGCAGAAUCUGACCUGUGUUCAGUUUCGUGGUGGAUUGGAGACUGUUGUGGAUGACAGCUUGUGCCCAGCAGAAGAAAAACCCCUCUCCAUUGUGCCGUGUGUGGUUAAUGUCUGCCCUUUAGGCUGGGACAAAGAAGAUGCACACGUACUUCAGACUUUGGAGUCACUUGGGCAUAUCCAACUGGAAAAUCAGACUGUGUAUGUCUGGAGCCCUCUAGCUGGAGAGUGUUCCGUUUCCUGUGGUAGAGGUAAGACUUGGCUACAGUAUGUAUGUGUAGCUUUUGACACCAAAGAAGAAACCAGAGAAGAAAACUGUCAUCCAGUACCAAAGCCGGAAAGCAGGAUGGAAGUCUGUGAUCUUAGUCCCUGCCCACCCAGAUGGAAGGUAACCCCAGCUGGGCCCUGUUCCUCCAGCUGUGGGCUUGGCUUAGCUGUUCAGCUGGUCACCUGUGUGCAGAUUCACCAGGGCAAGGAGGUUUUGCUGGAGGAGCGUUUGUGUCCUGUGACAGAGAAGCCUCUUGCCAGCGUCCCCUGUGUCAUCCGAAUGUGCUCGUAUGAAUGGAGCUUCAGUGAGUGGUCAGAGUGUUCAACUUCAUGUGGGAAUGGCAUUCAGACACGGCAGGAUUUCUGCCUCAACCUGCUAACCCGUAAGCAUGUGAAGCCCAUCUUCUGCAGGCACUUCCCCAAGGCCAUUGUGGUACGUGGCUGUUCCACAGGGCCCUGUCCUGAGCCAGUGGUGGAGACUGGGUCCCAUGGAGCACAACUACAGACAGUGACACCAGCCACACAUCUGACCACAGCUGUGUCUGCCAAGGAAGCAAGAUACAAGGACCGGGACCUUCUUCCAUCUGCUGUGCCACGGGAACAAACUAAGACCCAUGAAGGUGUCUGUGGGAAGCUCUUUCUUAAUACCAGCGGGAUCAUCAACAUGACGGGUGUAGCGAGCAGUGACUGCACUGUGGCCAUUGGACGUCCUCUCAGGGAGGAGAUAACAGUACACGUCUUGGAGAGCUCCCUCAACUGCAGUGCAGGUGAGGUAGUGCUGUUCUCUGGGCGAAUGAUGUGGCGGACCGGCUGCAGGAAGCUUACUUUCUCACUGAUAAAUUCCAGAACGAAUACACUGAUCGUGAAACAGCGUGUUUUGCUGCCUGGAAAUGGGGUCAUUCUUCAGUACAACAGCAGAACUGCAACUAAAAAAUAUUAUCAAGACUGUGAUAAGCAACUGUUUGGUCCCCAUGGUGAAAUAGUAAAUCCUGUGCAAUUGCCCGAUCAAAGGCAAGAAGUUGUGUGUCGGACCUUCAUCAAUAUGGCUCCUCGGCAUCGCAUAGCUAUCCGUGCCCUAUACAUUGACCUGGGCAAUGAGAGCAACCAAACACAUUUUAAUUACAUCUUGGUCCGUGAUGUUAGCACCAUGAAGACGAUGGUGUUCCAUGGGAGACAACAGUUCUUCUGGCAAUCAACAGGAAGCCAAGCUGAAAUUGAAUUCCAUGAAAAUGUUAAGGAUCAUCAAAUCAAUUUCUGGGCUGAAUAUUAUGCUAUUGAGCCAAAAUAAAAGGAUCUGGGGCCACUGCACUGAGAAAGGCCAUGGUCCAGUUAAUCACUGCUGCCUGUCCACUGUUUGAGGUCACAUGAAUCUUUUGAUCUUUUCGCAACUGCUUCCCCAUUUAUUAAGAACAAUAAUACCUUCUGACUCCUUUGGGAUCUCAGUUAAUAAUUAUAAAGAUUGUGCAAAGGACAUGUAACUACCAAAUAUUUAGCAACCAGUCCUCAUAUGGAUUUUCUGUCCAUAUUUGUUGGUAUUAAUGCAGUUUACAUGUCUGCAGUCAGUGACUUGGACACUGAAGUCUUGGGUUUCUGCUUCUGUAACAUGCCGUGACCUUUUAGGAUAGUAAUUUAAUUUCGUGGUGGCUUAGUGUCCCAUUGCAAACCUCUAUACAAGUAGUUGUGAUUAUGGUUUAGUCUUUAAGUUCACUCUUCUGCAAUUUAAAUGCCCUUUAAAACUGAGACCUCUUGAAAUUCUGGAAUGUUAUAAAGGCAGAGAUGUGUGUGAGGAUGAACUGCUAGCACAAGAAGACUAGAGCCAUGUGAGGGCAAGAGAGUUUCUUUGCCCAGGAGGGGGGAGCACAGCACUACGACAGGUCACUCGGAAAGCUGAAAUGUUUUCAGGAGUUGGCAAGACCUGGUCAGAUGCUGCUGACCUGGUCAGGCCCUGCUGAUAGUUGGCUUUAUAUGGGAGGACUAAAUGACAAUCAGAGGUCCCUCCCUAGCCACCCACCACUUCUGUGGUUCUACUACUAUAUAUCUGAUAGUGAUACCAGUACUUUUCAAUGGGAAAAUAAAAGAGUUGUGUCUCUU